GAUUUAGUGGAGGCUGCGCGAAAUCGACGGAUGAAGAUAUGUGAUUGAUUAAUCAUGAUCACCAGAUUCUACUUCAUCUGUGUGUCUGCACUGAUGAUACACAAAGUCUCUCUGCAGGUCACAGUAGAUGGUUUCUUUGGUGGUUCUGUUCUCCUGCCGUGUUCUUCAUCUAAACUUGAUCAUAAACUUCAAGACAUGAAUGUGUUUUGGAGACAGAAUGACACCAAGAAUGUGUUUGAUAUAAUCAAUGGUUUAGAUUCAGUAGAGCAACAGGAUCCACGAUACAAGAACAGAGUUAAACCUUUUUCUGAAGAGUAUGUGAGAGGAAACUUCAGCAUCAGACUCACUGAUCUCAAUCAAGCGGAUGCAGGAAGAUACAUCUGUCUCAUCACACGCUCAUCUGAAUAUAAGACUGUGGUGCUGAUCAUCAACGUGCCAACAACAGAAAGUGUAACUAUAUCAGCUGGUCAAGAAACCCAAAAACCAGGAACAGAUGUGGUGAAAUCAUCGUCUUUACUCUGGGUUUACAUCACAGCACCUGUAGUAAUAGUAAUAUUGAUCAUAGCCGGUUUCCUCUAUAGAAAAAAAAUUAAAGCUGUUUUAAUUUCUCCUGUCAUGACUGAAAAAAAAGAACAGACAGAAAUAAAUGUGUAAAAGUUUCAAAAGUAAUUGUUACAGCUUUCAGUGUUUCAUUCUGGUGUCAGGAACUGUUUUGUACUUUUAUAUUCUUGCUGUUUGCGUCACAUUGCAUAUGUGAUAUUGAAACAGGAAAUUGUUUAAAAUUGAAGGAUGACUGAUUCUGAUAAUGUGUUAGUGGCUUAAUAAUUAUGUUUCUUUUCCACAAGUUUUAUUUUCUUUGUUGUGUUUGCAAAUAUUACGUCUAUUUUGUAUCGUUUAUUUAUUUUUAUUUAAUGGAU